GUCAUUCGCUUGUCAUUCCGCGCACCAGCAACAACCAAACACAGCCACUCUCGUACGUGAGUGUGGAAGGAAAAGUUGUGAUCAUGAUGUUUUCUUUUCCCUCAAACCCAGAACAACCUGCGGGAAAACUAGUGCUGUGACGUGUGCGUGUGUGUGUUUGUGCAGUGUGGUGGGCAUGUUUUGCAGAAAACGAAAGUAAUUCGGUACGUUGCCGUUUGCACACAUUUGGUGUGUGUGUGUGUGUGUUCCCCGGGAAGGUUGCAGAAUUCUGCAGUCACGCAGUACCGUCCACCUUCACACGCGAUAAUUAAGGGACAUGGUGGUGCUGCGUGUGGUCGUCGUCGUUACGUGAAUUUUAGUAGUCGUGCAAACAGCAGCAACCUAUGGGAUAAAAAGUGCAAUACAAGAUCGUUGUUCAUAGAUCUUUCUCUUAAGCUGACUGUGUAUGCUGUGUUUUUCGUUGCUUGAUAAAUAAUUGAUGUAUACUGGAUGCCAUUAUCAGCGUCAGCAAAAGUGUAGCUUUGUGCAAUGGAGUACGGCCGAAAACAAUUACAACUAUAGCAAUGAGGUAUAGUAAACUCGGCUGUUUUAAUAUCGUAAGGCAUCGGAUGUGAAGGCGGUGACGCAUGUGAAAACCGCAACAUUCCCAGCAACAUUCCUCUUAAAACAAGAAGGGGAUGAUCGUAUCGAUCGCUACUAAUCAUCUGUGAUACACCGAUACGGAUUGAAAGUGAGCUAAGCCAAAACAAAAUGUCGGGUGGUAACAUCUACGCCAUCAGCACGGAGCGGUUCCGGGCGAAGGUGGUGAACGUUCCGCUUACGCUGGGCGGCACUAGUACGGGCGGUGGAGGAAGUGGCAGUAGCAGUAGCAGUCUUAUGUCUGGUAGUGAUGCGGCCGCUACCAGUUCGCCAAUUACCGCCGGUCCAACGGAUUCGCUAGCGAUCGAUGAUCGGAUCGACAUCGAGCCCGGUAUGACACUACAGAUCGUCGAACAACCGUCGAGCAAGAUCGCUCUGAUCAAGAUAAAAGAUUUUUACGGCACGACAACGAACAACCGGGGCGGUGGUGGCGGUCCGUCGGGUACGGUGAACAGUGCGCCACCGACCAACCCGUACGAAAAUCGAAUAUUCCAGUGCCAAGCGGCAAACCUGCAGCGUAUCCCUUCGGACAUUUGGCCAUACCUUAUCGCGAUACUGGAUCCUCAGGAACGGUGCGAAUUUGCGAAACGACCCAAACUGUUUGGUUCGGUGAAGCUGCUCCGUACCGGCGACAUUGUGAUGGUUUCGUGGCUGGCCAAGAAUCGGCACAUAACAUACGAUUGCAUUAUACGUUACGUGGGACCGGUACCGAAAAUCGGACCCGGUUACUACUUUGGACUCGAGCUACUGAACUUAGAAAAUGGUGAAUCACCCCAGAAAGAUGACAUCGAUUUUGUGUCCGACUACAUGAACUGUGAGCCCCGGCUAGCUUUAAUCGUAGCAGCAAAUUGGAUCAAAUUCCCCGAGCACGAGUCUGCCGGCAAGCAGCAUCACCAUAAGCGUAAUCUGCUGGACAGCUUGGUGUGCGGUGCAAGAGACCUAAACAAUCGCCUAUCGCGACGUACCGGCGGCGGCAAACAUUCGUCGGACGACGCGUCCGGUAAAGGUGGUGGUGCCGUGCGCGGUGGGAAGAUCAUCAACGGUGAAUAUCCACCGUACGCCCGAUCGUACACGCCCGAUCUGACGAGCAGCAGUGCGGGCGGAGGCUCGAACCGAAAGUCGACCGACAUCGGGACGCUGUACGAUAGUUUCAGCUGUCUGCAGAUGGACCCGGCCGGUACGAAGGCGAUGCACCACAAGAAAAUUGCUGCCUCCAUUUCCAGCCCGAAUCUGUCGAAGCAAGAUAGUAGCAGUAGCACGGGAAGUUCCGGUCGGUACGUAAACAGCCAUCCGAUGGAUAGCUACGGGGAUGAGUAUCACCGGUUUGUGGAGCACAGUCAACACCAGCAUCACCACCAUCAUCAUCUGGCGGAUGACGCGUACCGCAGCUCGGGACGAAGCUCACAGAACAGCUCCAACAAUAGUACGCUAAAGCAUUCCAAGGCGCGGUCGGGCAAGGUGGCCCGAUCGUCCGGAUCGAACUCGUCCGUAAACAGUGCCGGUGGUGGUGGUGGCUAUCAUUCCGUAAGCAAGCAAAGCACCAUCCUUAGCUUGCCCGAUCGCGAUGUGGUGGUGAUCGAUUCGAACGAGAUCGAUGAAGCGAUCAAGAGUGCGAGUGAUGUGAUCGUGGUCGAUCCACCGCCCGUACUGAGCCCUACCGACAACAGGGAGGUGGAGUUGAUGGAUCUGUUGGGAAGUAGUAGCUGGCCGGCGGAAGCUGGUGAAGUGGCUGCGAUACUGUCGGGCAACAGUAGUGAUAAGAAGACGCAAACACCGUCGUUAGCGUCGACCGGGUUGGCAUAUGGGAACGGUUUGGCCGUGGGAACAGGAUACAACACCAGCGGUAGCACUAGCAGCAAUAGUACGGCCAACAGUAGCAACCACAGCUAUCACAGUCACAAUGGAACAGCGGGACGGUACGAACGGAACAAAUCCCUUAAUCCGCUUGCACACAUCGGAAACCCGAAACCGGUGGAAACGCUAUCGGCUGGAUCGCGUAAGCUAAGGACGGGGACCGAUACAAAACCGACCACGGUGGACGUAGCUACAAUGACGAAGCUAAACGAUGCGACUGCUGCAUCCCAUCAUGGCGGAGGCUACACCACAGCGAACGGCGUUGGACUGGCGGCGGCGGCGGCGGUAGGAUCGAAUGGCAACGACAGCACAACGCCGACGGUCUCGAACGGUUUGCUACCUCGCAUCGGUUCCAUAUCGCCCGAAUCGGACACCGGAGGACCACCGCCCGUAUCGCCACUCCAGGAACUACCGAACGAUCCGUCACUCGGCGUUGGUUCCAUGGUGGAGGUAACGCUGGAUGCGUUCGAAGCACCCGCGGCAACGCCAGCAUCGACGGACCCACUGCUGUACGGUGUUAUACGCUGGAUUGGACCGCUGCCAACGGCGGGCAGCGGAAGCACCCAUCGGAAGGUGAUGGUUGGUGUGGAGCUCGAAGACGAACCGAUCGAUCCGACGCUUGAAACCACCAACGGAACCCACAACGGUGUGAGGUUAUUCCGAUGUCCUGCAAAUCGUGCAAUAUUUGUGCAUACGAGCCAGUGCAGCCGAGACAGAAGGUUCCAGGACAUACCGCCCAUGUCACCGUGCACCUCCAGAACGACGCAAGCUUCAUCGACCGGCAGCAAAACCGAUACCACCAUGUUCGGGAAGGUGGACUGUCCGGUAGUGAAGGGAAGGAUGCCUCCGUUGAAAAUUCUAAAGCUGGAAGAAUUGGAAGAAAUUUGUGGAAAGUUCAAGGGUAUCCAGGGUCAUCACAACUCCUGCUAUCUGGACGCUACGCUCUUUGCGAUGUUCACCUUCACCAGCGUGUUCGAUUCGUUGCUGUUCCGGCCUAAAGAACCUGAGGACAAUCCCCAGUAUGAGGAGGUACAAAGAGUGCUGCUGGAAGAGAUCGUUAAUCCGCUGCGUAAGAAUCACUUCGUGCGGGCGGAUCGCGUGCUGAAGCUGCGCCAGCUGCUCGAUCGGCUAAGCUCCGUUACGGGGCUCAUGAGCGAGGAGAAGGAUCCGGAAGAGUUUCUCAACAGCCUGCUGGCACAGAUUCUUCGGGCUGAUCCCUUUCUGAAGCUAAGCUCCGGACUGGACACGUUCUACUACCAGCUGUUUGUGGAAAAGGACGAACGUUUAAAUUUGCCCUCGGUACAGCAGCUGUUCGAGCAGAGCUUUUUGGCCUCCAACAUAAAGCUGAAGGAGGUGCCGUCCUGUUUGAUCAUCCAGAUGCCACGGUUCGGGAAGAACUUUAAGAUGUAUCCACGCAUCCUACCGUCGCAGGUGCUGGACGUUACGGAUAUCAUUGAGGAUUCUCCGCGUCAGUGUUGGGUCUGCGGGAAGCUCGCGGAAUACGAGUGUCGCGAAUGUUUCGGCAAAAUGCAGUGCGAAGGUCUGGAGGGGACGGCCAUCUGCAAGAGCUGCAUCGACAGCGUGCAUCAUCACAGCAAGCGGCUAAACCAUAAACCGGUCCCACUGUCGGUGCCGCAAGAUUUCAUCCCGAUGGCUCCCCACUGCGAAGUGCCUCGGCUGUACAUGGAGCUGUUUGCGGUCGUGUGCAUCGAAACGUCCCAUUACGUAGCGUUCGUGAAGGCGGCCUCCGGGCAGGAUGCGCCCUGGUGUUUCUUUGACUCGAUGGCCGAUCGUAAUGGCGAGCAGAAUGGGUACAAUAUUCCAAAAAUGGUUCCAGUGCCGGAUCUGCCCCGUUGGCUAACGGAGGAGGGUUCGCGCGCGCUCAACGAGGAAGCGGUCAACGAUAAAAUGUUACCUGAGCAUGCCAAGCGAUUGCUGUGCGAUGCGUACAUGUGCAUGUACCAAAGCACCGACGUCAUGAUGUACCGAUAAAUGGUCGGCUUUGGAUGAUGGUCAAACAACCACUUUUAUACAACAAUUCAAACAUUCAAAAACUCGCCGAAAGAAGCCGUUGGACCAACAAAGGGAAGCGUGGAAAUUGGAGCGCGAAAGUGCGAAUGUUGAAAUGAAAAAAAAAAGGUUCGUUGUAUGCUUGUUGAACGUUUUCCUUUGGAAGACACACUUACUAAACACACACACACACAAAUGCAAAGGCUACCUAUUUCCAUCGAACACUACCUAGAAUGUACUACUGUUUUUUCUGCUAGAAACGUUGAUGAAGCGCGGUCGGAAAUAUUAGCCUAGAAUUGUUUAAAGCUCAGUGCAAACAGUUGCGAACAAAUUGCGUACCACUGCAUGCUAGCGAUGCGCAGAGGAAUUAGUAAGAAAAAUCCCCAACUUAGAUGACAAACAAAAGGCAAAAGAAUCUAAAGAGAACUUAUACUUAUACAUCCUAUACAUAUAUGAGAGGCGGUGCAAAAAAAAGGUAGUGAAAGAACGAAAGAAAUGAAGUAAUAUAUAUAUGUAUACUAUAUUAUAUAUAUAUAUAUUUAUACAUUAUACACAAGUAGGAAAAACAACAAACAAAAACAAUUGGCAAUCGGACGUGUUAUGGUGGAACCUGCAUGGCUUCAGCAGAGAUAUAAUACCUAUUAUACUUUAGAAGUAUAGCGACGUAAUGACGACGAAACUGGGGAAAAGCUAUAUCUACACUAUACUGCGAGAGAGAGAGAGAGAGAGAGAGAGAGAGAGAGAGAAAUGGCCGGGUUAUAAGUUUAAUUUAACGAAUAAACACAACAAAUGACAAAUACAUAGAGCUAUUGCAAAAUACUGCUGCGGUACCGGAAAUAUAUCUUAGGACACACACACACACACACAUUUCUAAACCAGGAGUGUGUGAGUAAAGUUUUGCAAUAAUAGAGAUGUAAUGAAGAGGCGACCGACGGAAGUUUUCCUGCAUGGCUGUUCAGUUGGGAAUCAGUGGUCGGCAACUAUUAGUAGCGAACAUUUCACAAAGCAAAGAAAAGGGAGGAAAGAAAAUUUAUGAAGGAAUUAAAAUUGUCGUGUCUAGUGUUUUGCUGCACGAAUGCUAGUAUGAUCAACAACUGAACUCUACUUAUAAGUGAAUAAUCACACAGGAUCACUCGCUCCGCUUGACAGCUGGCCUGUCGUCAGCGAGCGUGGUGAUGCCCUCGGAGCUUUCAUCGUCUGUGUGUGUGUGUGCGUGUCCGCCGUAGAAUAGAUCGUACAAACUAUCGCUUCCUUGUUGCUUGAUCCUCCGAAGCUUAGAUCGGGGGUGGUUCUGAAUUCUUCUUUCACCGAACUCGUAGCUUAUCCUCUUCCUUCGAACUCUGGACUCUAGUUUUAACGAACCAAAAGAGAUUUGUUGUAUUUUUUAAACAUUUUUUUUCCCCAGUUUCCGAUAGUUGCAAUGAAGAUCUAUAUAGAAAUAGGGAUUUAGGCAUUGGAAUGAGAAGCAACUGAUGUCUCUUCUCUGAUGGGUGGGAUUAAUUAGCAGUUGUUUGCAACCGAGUUCCUCAAGCAUGACGAACCAAUUGGGUGAAGGUGCAAACCGGUGCGAUCGAAGCUCGCGCUGCUGGUCCAUGUUGUCGAACCUGAAUGUCUAUAGACAUUUUGAUGAGCGGCCACGAAUGUUGUCUGAGGUUCAUCAAGGCUUUCAAAAACCUCUUUGGAACGUCGAGAUCUCUUGGACGAUCCGCCACUAUAUAUCGUUUGUUCAGGAUUUCAUCUGGAAUACCUGAAGAUUAUUGGGGAUUACUCGCUUAAAUUGAUUUUAGGAGGUCAAGGUUGCAGGGUUUUCCUAGACUGGUUUUGACAGGAUUCUCUAAAAAAAUCUAUUUGACAUCUAUUUGACAGAGGUACAGAGUUCGACACUUAAGGUUUUUUUUCUGACCAAGGUCCAGGACUCUUGACAAACGGCUACGAAUUAAGUUUAAGUAUCGUUCAACUUUUUACUUGAUUCAUUUUUAAAUGGACAAUUUGUACGUUUGAAAAGUCAAAAGGUCCGAACAUCUAGCGUACAACGCAAAAGUAGAGUAGCUUUUAAUUCUAAAAAGAAGAAAAAAAGAGAAAAUCGAUGUAGAAAAGCAAGCAAUUUAAUGCCAUUUAAGGCGCCGCUUCUUAAUUGUUUUUUUGUUUUUCUGAUAGAUCCGGAGAUAUCAUGUUGGCGUACAUGUUGUGUGUGGUUGAAUGUGUAACGCCUGGCAACACGCUAUAUGUAACGAUUCUUUUCCCUUUCAUUUGGUCGGUCUGUAGCAACAGCAAGCUUUGAAUGUUUUGGAAAGCUUCAUGAGUAUGGUAUUUUGUGGAAUGGAAAUGAUCGCGGCGAAGUGAUUAAUCAUUGUGUUUCAUGUUGAAGCGAAGACACCUCCUGGAUACCUGAAAAAAGUUAAAAUUGUACGAAGAACGAAGAGGAAGAGUGAUGAAAAAGAGAAACAAAACACACAUAAAACAAGCAAACUAUUUAACAAUGUUUAGAGAAACACACUACUACACCUUAACUUCUUCUUCAACUACUACUACUUCAUCGCUCAUCGCUCUCUACUCCCUAGGCUCAUUCUACUGUAGUAGACAAACGGAAAACAUCAAUUUAGCAAACGAUUUCGGUUUCUCUCGAGGUUUUCAAAGCCGACUACGACCGGGGUAAAAACUCUAGAAGCUGGUGUUGUGAAACGUACGCGAAAGUGUCUUGUUUGUUGCGCGGAUGCGGUUAUUAACGGUUCUCGCUCGCUAACGUAGUAGGCGGCGCCCCAGUUUUACACAGUUUUGAUGCCGAUCAGGAUUUGUUGAGUGACGAAGGAGAAGCGAGCACACGGGACAGACACAACUCUUAUGCGCUUAUGAUAAUGAUAUCGUUGAUUCCGUUACCGGGGACGGCGACGAACGAAAGAAGUACAACAAAAACGGUAGAAACCACAACAAUAUGCAAUAGCUGGGCUGUUACAGUACUACUCGUACGCAUUACAUAUACUCCUCCUCUACACGCAUACGGCGAAGCCUAGUAUCUAAUUAUAUACGCUAACUAAACACACACACACACACGCUCACUACUUAUCCUUACUAGGACCCUUUUUCUUAUUGCUACUACCCUCUUUGGAGAUACCUGACAAACGGAAUGGGCAUGAUGUCCGAAGUUUUGGAGAGAAAAAAAAAUAGAAUCCGCUCUUAAAGCAACCACCACACAGUAAACCUCCCAACAACUCGCUUGUGUGUCCUGUAGAACCGGCCGGUGAUAAGCGUAGAAAGCAAAGCUACACCACACACAACUACUUACGGCUGAUGUUCUCUUAACACAGUAGGCAGCGAACGACUGGAAGACGUCGUUGUAUGAUGGCUUUCCCAUAGUGCAGGACAUAGUAGUAGUGCAAAAAUCACUGUUAGCAAUUGAGGACAGCGGGAAAAAAACGACAACUAAUGGCCAAAAACAUAAUGCAAAAUGGAAAUAAAAUAAAUGCUGACAUA